AUAGAAGAUGAGAGCUCUGUAAAACCCACUCCAUAUAUAUAAGUCAUCUUUUGAUCCAUUUUUUUGAAUUUAUUUAUUUAUUUUUUAUAAUUAUAAUUUUUCUCCGGCGAUCCAUAGUUUUAAUGGAGGCAAUUAAAGCUAUGGCGGUUAUGGCGGUUGUGCUGCCGUUUUUUUUACUGUUUUGCUUCGGCGCGGGGGAAAGUACGAAACUGCCCCUGGCCGUGGACGGCGGUUUGAGGGAUCGCAUCAAGGGGUUGGCUAACGAGACGGAGACGGUGGAGUCGAUGAGGAGGGUAAGAAGGGAAAUUCACAGGAACCCGGAGCUUGCCUACGAGGAAUUCGCCACCAGCGCGGUGGUGCGGCGGGAGCUGGACCGGUUGGGAGUGAAGUACCGGUGGCCGGUGGCCAAGACCGGCGUCGUCGCCACCAUUGGCUCCGGCAAUCCGCCGUUUGUCGCUCUCCGGGCUGAUAUGGAUGCCUUGCCUAUACAGGAGUUGGUGGAAUGGGAGCACAAGAGUCAAGUGGACGGCAAAAUGCAUGCCUGUGGGCACGACGCCCAUACCGCCAUGCUCCUUGGGGCGGCAAAGAUUCUGCAACAACUCCGCCAACAAUUACAGGGAACUGUUUUGCUGAUAUUCCAGCCGGCGGAGGAGCGAGGGCGAGGGGCCAAAGACAUGAUUCAAAACGGAGUGCUUGAACACGUGGACGCCAUUUUCGGGCUCCACGUAGCGCACAAGUACCCCGUCGGCGUUGUGGCUUCCCGGCCGGGGGAGUUUCUGGCCGGCUGCGGGAUUUUCAAGGCGACCAUUAAAGGGAAAGGCGGCCACGCCGCCAUUCCGCAGGAGUCGGUGGAUCCGAUCUUGGCGGCUUCGACGGCUGUGAUUAGUUUGCAAAGCAUUGUUUCCAGGGAGAUUGACCCUUUUGAUGCCCAGGUUGUGUCUGUGAGUAUGAUUCAUGGAGGAUCUUCUUUCAAUGUGAUCCCGGAUUCCGCCACUAUCACCGGCACUUAUCGUGCGUUCAAUAAGGAUAGCUUCUACUCCCUAAAGAAGAGAAUAGAAGAGAUUGUGAGAGCUCAAGCAGCAGUGCACAGGUGUACGGUGGAGAUCGAUUUUGACGGCGCGGAGAAUCCCACGUUCCCGCCGACACUCCCGCCGACCAUAAACGACGUGAGAAUCUACGAGCAUGCACGGAAAUCGUCGAGCUUGAUCGUCGGAGAAGACAACGUGGAAUUAGCUCCGGGCCAAAUGGGCAGCGAGGAUUUCGGAAUGUACCUAGACAAAGUCCCCGGAGCUUUCUUCUUCAUCGGAGUCAAAAACGAGAAAACCGCCACCGCCUUCCCGCCGCACAGCCCCUACUUCACCGUCGACGAGGAUGUUCUCCCCGUCGGCGCCGCCGUCCACGCCGCCUUCGCGUAUACGUACCUCUUGAGCCACGCCAAGCCACCACAUUAUUCUUAGGUUACAAUGUUAACACUUAUGUAGUCAUGUUACACGAAAAUCGACCGUAUUGUCUAUUUUUCAUGAUCUGUACAGAUACGGUGACGAUUUCAAAUUUUAAAUAAAAAAUAUGAGUCAUAAUUCAAUAAGAUUUCGAUUUCAAACA